GCCUAACGGGGCAUGCUAACAAGAUGGCUGACGAAGAGCUCGAAAAGAUAAGAGCGAAAAGAAUGGCUGAAAUACAACAGCAAAUGUCGAGUGGUCAGAGAGAACAGAAUCAAAGACAAGAGGAAAUAAAAAAACAAGAAGCAGAAAUGAAGAACCAAAUGCUUUCACAGAUUUUAGAUCAACAAGCCAGAGCCAGGUUAAACAGUAUUGCAUUGGUCAAACCUGAAAGGGCAAUGAAAAUUGAAAGCUUAUUGAUUCAAAUGGCUUCUUCAGGACAAAUUGGAGGAAAGAUUGGUGAUGCUCAACUUGUUAGUUUACUUGAAAGAUUUCAAGAGCCAAAUCAAAAGAAAUCUACCGUCAAGUUCAAUCGUAGAAGACUUGAUGAUUCAGAUGAUGAUGAUAUAUAAUUAUAUAGACUGACCAUCAUAAUAUCAAACUAGGAAAUUUAGCAUUUUUGUACAUAAUAAAUAGUGUAUGUCCACUUCCUUUUGUGGAGGCAAACUUUGCAAGGCUUUACUUCUGUGAUGUAAUCAGAAAAGAUAAGCUAUUUUA